AAUGUUUCAUCAUGAAAUUUAUCCACCAGGACAUCCAACUCUCUUUGAACCGUUUGUCUCCUAUCUAUUAAAAAGACCAAAAGAUAUGCAAUUUCGUAAUGAUAUUCAUUGGAGGCCAAUCAAUGAAAUUUGUCAUCCAUGUCAAAUUAACUACGACUUUAUUGGAAAUUAUGAAACUUUAGAAGAUGACUUGGCUGAAGUUUCAAACUUGUUAAAUAUGAAGAUUAAAUUUCCCAGAACUAGGAAAAAUAGAAUUUAUUGGAAAGAUAGUUUUAAACCGAUUAUGAAAUUACAUCCUGAUUAUAGAGAAAGAUUGACAAAUCACUAUUUCCAUGAUUUAAAAAUGUUUAAUUACACUUAUGAUUAA